GUAAUAAAUGUAUUUUGAAGUCAACACGCUGUGUUUCGGCUUGUAUUUUGUUGAGGUAAACGGUUUGUGCUCGCGGCGGCCAUUUUGAAAUCAUCCACCUUUCACUGGCUUCUCUCUCUCUCUCUCUCUCUCUCACACACACACACACACACACACAGAGUCACACGCAGUGAGACACAGAAAUAGCCAGUGUCUAGUUUCGUUUCUGCAGAAGUGAGUUGUGGGAGAUAAGAUGUCUCCGUACUCGCGGGUGAUCCACCACGCCACCAGUGUCCUGUGCAGCCACAAAGGCUCCAUGGAUCUGUCGCAGCUCUACACGAAGGUCUACCAGCGCUUCGAGAUCACCGAGGAGCAAUUCUGGUUCAUCCUGAAAAAAUGCCCGAGAUUCGCCGUGGUGAGGAGCAGACUGAGCUCAGAGAAAGGCGUGUCUGAUCACACUGUAGUGGCUAAAACGUCCCUGCGGCUGUGUAAGAGUUACCCCAAGCAGGAGUGUUUCGGCUGUCAGGACCUGCAUCUGUGCAAAUACUUCGUCUAUGGAAACUGUCGCUAUGGCAAAGGAAGGAAGGAGUGCAAGUUCUCCCAUAACAUUCGGUCAGAGCACAACUUUCCCCUGCUCCGCGAGUGCACGCUUCACGAGCUCUAUGAGGAAGACCUCUUCAUUCUCUUGCUACAGAACGACCCGUCACUGCUACCUGAGGUGUGCUCCCACUACAAUAAGAGCACGGGGCAGUUCGGGGCCUGCACCUUUAAGGAGAACUGCACUAAAGUGCACAUAUGCCAGCACUUUGUGCAGGACGACUGCAUCUUCGGGCCCAAGUGCAAGCGACUUCACUGUGUGGACGAGUACUGCCACAGGAUGCUGGAGGAGCGCGGCCUGGGCAGGGACAUCAUCCAGGACUUGCCUUAUCUCUACCAGAACUUUUACCGCCUGAGCGCCAGUGCUGCAGAAGCAGAAAGGAUUUCUGAGCCAGUAAACAGAUCCCUAGAACUGGCAGAAGAGAAAAAUGAAAUUUGUCUCCACUUCAUCAGAAGAAACUGCAGAUUUCAGGAGCAGUGCAAGCUUGUGCAUUUUAAUCUGCCGUAUAAGUGGGAGGUGAACGAGGGGAACGGAUGGAGGGAUCUGCGAGGGAUGGAGGAGAUUGAGCGAGCGUACUGCGACCCCAGGAACACAUACGGUCCCGGGUCGAAGCCGGUGGAUUUUCAGACGAUGACCAGGUGCGGGCAUCCGGUGCGCCGUCUCUCCACGGUCUCGUCCAUCACCAAGCCCUCGCACUACGUCCUGACCACGCGCUGGCUCUGGUACUACAAGGGAGACCACGAAAACUGGAUCGAGUACGGCAAGCCGGACGAUAAGCACCGCGUGACAUCUGUAAAGUCCUGCGAUCUGGAGGAAAUGUUUCUGAGCGACUGCAACGCCGAGGUCACAGUUAUAAAGGGAAACAGACAGUAUUAUAUCAGUUUCCAAGAUAUGUACCAGAGAAACCCCAAACACAACACAAAGAGGAAAGUGCGCCGGCGUCCAUGCUUUGUUUCCAUCAGCGAGGUGGAAAGUCAAAUAGCACAGUGACAAUACUGUAUAUAUAUAUACACACACACACACACACACACACACACACACAGACUAAACAGCCAUAACAUUAAAACCACUAACCGGUGCAGUGAUUAGCUUUGGCGCGACGGCUAGCUAGUCUGGUCCGAUCUCACAGAAGAGCUAAUGCAGGUCCUGAAAGAAAAGGAUGGAAGGUGGCCAUAUUUAUUGCAUCACAUUUUCUUUUACCUUAUGUGGAUGACUGAAUGAAAGUGUGUGGAAGAGGUGCCACCAGGAUGCACUCUGGGAAAUCUUAGGAUGUUUUGAAACGUACUACCUGUGUACACACUAAGUUAUACCACUUUAUUGUACAGUAAUAGUCUUCCUGACCUCUUUCAGCAGAAUAAAGCUCUCUGCUACAGAGUGCUCCUAGGGUCUUGGUGGGAGGAACCCACAGCACACCGUCAGGAAGUUCACGCCUCGACAGAUCAGAGUUAUUGUUUUUACGGCAAAAUGUGAACCUAGGCGUUAUUACUGCACGCGGGUGGUUUUAAUGUAAUGGCUGGUCGUGUGUACAUACUGAUAUGAUUCUGCACAGCACUGAAUGACAGUCCAUAAUGUGUCCUUAUACAUUGAGUACAUACAGGAACUUACCGUAGUAGUAAUGUUUAUAUACAGACUUUAAAUCGGGAACUCAUAAUAAAGUGUAACCUUCAUGUUGCCGAUGUGUAGGUUGCAGUAGCACUGAUCCAAAGUGUGCCAAAGUACUGUAAUGGCGAACAAUGCAGUAAAAAACAAUGUUACUUAGAAAAAAACGUACAUUUUUAGCAUUAUCCUAAUGGCGUGUGGUUUCAACCAAACAUUUAUUAGUGCAAAAGUUUUGAAUCGAUGUUAUAAAUAGUAUACAGUAAAUAUGUAGAAUUUUUUUUAUGAUAAUUGAUGUAUCAUGGAUUAACGGAGUUGUGCGACAGAAAAGUGAAGAUUAUGAGUUCGCAGCCAUCCAAAGGAAAAAGGAAGGAGGGAAGGAUGCCAGGAUGAUCUUCCCUGUCUGCUACAGAGACACCGGUCAAUAGUGUCCAUCACUGAGCUCAUGUACUGUAUGAAGACUGCUCUGUGCUGUGAUGCAGAAUGAGCAACAGGUUAAACAGGUUUAGAUCGUUGGCUUUGCUCGUCACAGAGGAAGCAAGUUUUAGUCUUCACCCUCCUCGACUCGUAACUGUCUUGUGAUAAGUGGACGAGAAUUAGUCAGCGGUUCAUUUACAGAAGAAAAUACAAAGGCAUACUUUUUUUGGAACUUUUUUUCUCUCAUAUCACAAGUCACACUGUAAUCAUAAGGCGAAUGCAGAGUGAAAUACAGUUAUACUGCCGGAAUCAUUUCUGCUAUCAUUUGUAGCAGUACGUUGGAUUGUUUUUAUUGAACAUUAUUUCAUUUUCUAUACUCUGUAACCACCGACAAUAAACUUUUCCUGCCAUUGA